UAGUCAAGCCAGGUCACUGUAGCCAGGUCAAGCUGUUCUUGCGGAGAUGAUGGCGGAAGACGAGAAGUACGGCAAACUGCCCCCAUAUUACGAGAACCUGUUUAGUCCUGAGCCACCAAAUGAACAUAGGCUGUUUAUGGAACGCGUUUAUUACUGGGGCAUCCCUGCACUGUUUGGUGGAUUCGCAGCUUGUGUAUCGAACUAUUUCAUGAGGAAGCCUAUAAUGAGCGGUAUUCAAAGACACAUUAGCUACAUGGCUGUUGCUGUAGGCCUUGGAGAAAUGGGUUGUCGCUACUCUGACUACCAGUCUCAGGAGCGAGAUGCCAUUCUUCGUCGCUACAUUUUGUUGCACCCGGAGGACUUUCCAGAGCCUGAGCGGAAGAAGUACAGAGAUGUUCUUGAGCCCUGGAUUCCAGUCCGAUGAGUUCUGCUGCUUCCAAGUCUUCUUUUCACAUGUUAUCAUAGUUGAGAGAUUGUUAAAUAGAAAUAAAACCUUGCAGUUACGCUGUGUCUUUAGUAAGUGCAUAAAAUAUGUAUUGGCAACAAACACAAAGGAAGCAAUUUUUAUGUAUACAAGCAUCAUUAUCAUAGACCUCAUCAUCUUCUGUGUGCUCUGUCUGGGAGCUGCCAAAUAAAAGCAUCGGUUUGA